CUUAGUCAAAUAAAAAAAAUGAUUUGAAAACUAUCUAAAAAAUAUUAUGAAAGAAGGAAUAGCCAUAUUAACAUGUUGUGUAGUUCAUUUAAUUCUUGGGGGAUAUUUUUUGUUAAUAGCAGUUCGUGGAGGACCACCACAAGUGAUUGGAUUUGCAGCGACAGCAGCAUUUUUGUAUUUGCAGCUGAUGAUUGGAGAUGCAAUAUUAUUACCGGAACAUGGGUUUAAUAUGUGUAUAGUUGCACUUGGAACAAUUUCUAUAUUUAUAGGAAUUAUUUUCUGGGGAUGGUUGUUUUUUUCAGGUAAUGGUAAUGCGGCAGUGAAUGCAGCAUGUGUAUUUUUUCAGGAAAAAAAAUGUAAACUACGCUGGUCGAUAGAGUUUGCAGGAUUUAUAGGAUUAAUUUUAUGGACUAUAAGUGCGAUUUCUCAAGUUUUUUUGUAUUUUUAUUUUAUAUAUAAUCGACCUCCUAAACGGUCUACAAAAUUGCGAAAAUCGAGAUCAAAUAAUGUUUUAGAUUUUUCUUCUAUGUCUUAUGCCAGUCAUGGUACACCGAGUUUGACAUGUGUAUCAAACUCGUCUACUGAUAAUGAUAAAACGACCUAUCCUGCAGUGACUGCUAUGUCUCCUGUUUAUGAAGGAGAAGCAUCUAGUAAAGAAUGGAUGCUUAAAUUUUAUGAGGGUUCUUUAAAAGAUCAGUCAAAAACCAAAAAGAAUCUUCAAUUUCAUAAAGACUUGAAGAUAAAAAAAAAUAAUAGCCUUUCAUCUUCUCGAAAACUUCGCUCUAUUCGUCACUGGAAAAAUUUUGGUCAUCAUCAUUUUCCUCUAUAUACGACAUGGCAUGCUCCUUUUAGUCAGACUAGAUAUCCUUAUUUUUCUAAAAAAACUCCUUCGUUUCUAAAUAUGAAGAUUCCUUUGAUAAACUUGCAUUUUUCAAAAAAUAGAGAAACUAUUGUUGAAGGACCUGAUUGGAAUACCUGGGAUUUUUCAAACUUUGACACGUCUAUGUAUUCGAAUUCUUUUUCACAAGAAGCUAUUAACUUGAAUGAUAAUAUCUAUAAUAAUGAGUCUUCGUCUGCGCUCAAUACACUUCAUGCAAGUUUCGAUACUCAAAUGACACAGAGUAGUUGUUUUAGAAGAUUUUUCGAAAACAACAUAAACAAUAUUGACCUCAACAAUUCUUCAAGAUAAUCUAUUUGGUAAUGUAAUUUAUAAAUAAUUUGUAUAUUAGUUUUG